GAGAAAGAGAAAGUCUCACACACUAAUGCUUAAUGUGCUACAUGCUAUACCCUAUGAUCUGGUUAAUGAAUAUAAUUAACAUUUUAUCACAGUCACAAGGUUCUCCUGUCACACUUGUAAAUUCUCAUUCUAGUUCAGCCUCUGACCAACCAUGCUUAUCAGAAGAAUUAGACUCUGGGACUAACACUGCUUAUGCCAGUGGAUUUAAUGACAAUUUGAUGGUUGUGAGUCAUGAAAUGAAGCUUCAUGAGCUUAAUACACUUGAAUGGGAUGACCUCGUGCUUUCAAACGACAACACCUCUAUAGCCGCUAGUGGAAAUGUUCAAUCCUUUAAUCAACAAAAACCAAAGUUUUCUGAAAGGGAGCUCUGGCAAUCUAUACCUCGUUCAUUUUCUUUUAGCUUCACAAAGUUUAGCAUUUUGAUGAGCUAUGUCAACCUUAAUACACUCAAGUAGGUGUCCGUCACCAUUGUACUUAGCAGUAACUCUUCGAGAUAAAUUAGAAACUCGAGCAAGAGCAAGAACAAGAUCAUCAUGAGUCUUCCAUACUUGUUGAACCUGAAAUUAAGGAGGCAGAGAAGCCUGGGGCAGAGGAUCAAUUCAUGACCCCAUUGUUUGAAUCAAUGGACAUAAUAAUGAUGAAUGAUUUCUGUACAGAGUAAGUUCCAAUUUUAGAACCUGAUGAGAUCCUUGCUCCAUGUGCUGGUGAUGCCUUUACUUCAUCAACAACAACAACCAUUUCUUCACAUAAACAAGCUUUGAGAUACAGCAGCACCACCUACUUAAUCGAAUAAGAAUUGAUGAGGACAAUGAUGAUGAUGGGGAUGAAGAUAACACUAGGAUUAUAGCGAUAAA